CUGUUGUCAAUCUGCAGCCUCCCACGUGGUCAGGCAGGGCGGCGCAGCCACGCCGCUUUAAUACGCAACUUUUGUAUAGGACAACAUCUGAUCCAGUCCCAUCUCUGCAGAAAGCUCCGGUGUGAGUGUGCUUGGUGUCCAGAUCGCUCCCAUCUAUCCAUGCUCCAAAUCCUGCGCGCACUGUUGCGUCCUAGUCCAGGACUAAUUUAGAACUGCGCUUUAACGCCUGAUCCCUCUGUGCUGUUACUGCGAUAGGAGCGCUACGAACUUUAUGAAAACCUUUUAACAGGAGCGUUUUAACAAAAAGGGAAUUUCGGCUGUAUUUCUGGGAGCUCACAGCAUGGAGAAAGGAAACAGCGGCUCGGACGGGGAAAGCAAGCCGGAGUGCCAAUGUGCCACCAAGCCCGGGGUCCAGCGGUGGCUGCCGGGCUUUCCUCUCCUGCUCUGUCUGCUCAUGUCUCUGAGCUCCAUCACCGUGUGUCUUCUGAUGGGCUUCAGGACCCACCAGCUGGAGAACCGGCUGCACAUGGAGCUUGACAAGGCGUCCAUCCUCCUUUCUCCGAAGAGGUCUUUCCUAAACGAGGAUGGGACCCUGAUUUCAACGCUCAGCGCCCCAGUGGGACAGCUGGUGGAGGAGAAAAUGGCAGCUCUGAUGCCAAAAUUGCGGACAGCUAGGGAUAUUGGCCAAGGGUGCUCCUGUCCUCCAGGGCCUCCAGGAAAACGUGGACGGAUCGGAAAGAAAGGCGAACCUGGGCUUCCUGGCAAGGCUGGACGGGAUGGAUACCCGGGUCCACUUGGCUUGGAUGGCAAACCAGGCUUUCCAGGUCCCAAAGGAAGCCAGGGGCUGCCCGGACCCAAGGGAGAGAAGGGUGACCAAGGAGACAUUGGGCCAAGGAUGGUUUUCCCUCGAUAUGAUCACGGCUUUCUCGCUGGAGAGCAGUCCAGCACCUUUCAGAGACGCUUUAUGAAGGGUGAUCAAGGCCAAGCUGGACCUGCCGGGCCUCCUGGUCCACCGGGUCCUCCCGGGCCCCGUGGCCCCCCAGGGAACACCGGGAAGGACGGGCCCCGUGGCCCUGCUGGAGAGGCGGGUUUGCCUGGUCGUGAUGGUGUAGAGGGACCGCAGGGAGCCCCUGGGAAGCCGGGAGAAGAUGGAGAACCUGGCUAUCCAGGACAGCAGGGUCCUCCAGGGCCAAGGGGGGAACCAGGUACUGGAGAAAAGGGAGAGAGAGGCAUGGAUGGACUACCAGGAAUAAAGGGUGAUAAAGGAGAGGCAGGAGAGCAAGGACCACAGGGACCCAUGGGUUAUCCUGGUGAAAAGGGUGCUGCAGGCUCCUCAGAUAUUGUUGAUUUCAACGGGAAGCUUCUAGAUGCUUUCCAGGCCAUCAAAACCAUCAGUGUUUCGGGUCCACCUGGACCACCAGGACCUCCCGGCCCUCAAGGGGAAAAGGGAGAGCUUGGAUUACCUGGGCCUGCAGGAGUAGAUGGAGAAAAGGGAUCCAAAGGUGAUGUGGGUGAAACAGGACCUCCUGGUGAGAGAGGAGAGAAAGGAGAGAUGGGUCUGUCUGGACCUUCUGGGAUGGAUGGACACAAAGGGGAAAAAGGUGACUGCAGACUGGAUGACAACCUGAUUCAGAUGAUUUCUCAGCCGGGGCCUCCUGGUCCCCCUGGACCUCCAGGAGUACCUGGGUCUCCAGGAUCCAUGGGGCUGCAUGGUAUGCCUGGUCCUAAGGGUGAGCCAGGAAUCGGGAUUAAAGGAGAGAAGGGAGAACAUGGGGCUCCUGGAUACAAGGGACUGGACGGCCACCAGGGUCCACCUGGGGCUCCUGGGUUAGUGGGCCUCCCAGGCGCAAAGGGAGAAAAGGGUCGACCAGGGGAACCGGGUCUAGAUGGUUUUCCAGGUCUGAGAGGAGAAAAAGGCGACCGAGGGGAAAAAGGAGACAAGGGUGACAGAGGGACGGUCGGGAAGAGAGGUCUGAAGGGUAGCAAGGGAGAGCAGGGUCCUCCAGGACUGGACCAGCCGUGUCCUGUGGGCUGUGAUGAAAGUAAAGAUCACUCUGUGAAGGCAGGGCUUUCUUCCCCUGAAACUGCUCCUCUUCCUCCUUCUGGCCCCGAGGCCCCCUGUCCUGUGGGACAUGAUGGGCUUCCAAUACCAGGCUGUUGGCAUAAGUGAUGACUAACCAGCAGCAUGGGACCUGUACAUAUUGAUAUGGUAUAUUUUGCAGCUGUAUACUACCCCAACAACCUCUUUUUUUACCUUUUUUUAAAAUAAAAUCCUUUUAUAUAAUAUAUUGAAAGAUAAAGAAUGAGGAAAGGUUUUUUUUUUCAUGAUGAAGUGUGAAAGCAGCAAUGAACUGGCAGUGGGACUUUAAGCUUGAAGGACAGUCCAAAUGUCAGUGUUGGAGUAGAAGAGUGCCUCACUAACAAAGUGUGAUUGACAUGCUGUAACCACAACCACAGAGGGGCUGUAUGAUGGUGUGUGUUCUCAUCCAGAUCUCACCGAUGGAUGGAUGUUCAAGAGGGUGGGAUUUUUUUUUUUUAUAAAGAUGGAGGAUUGUGGUGUCAGCGCUCUCUUGUCCUCUUUCUCUCUGUUUUCUUUUUCUACAAGGAGGAAAUGGCGAGGCAGAAAAUCAAACGCAAGCGUCUCUCUCAGCCCUGAAAGGAACGGAUCCCGGCAGAGAGGGGAUAUAUAAAUUGGCAGAGAGUGUUUGUUUUUAUUUAAAAGGGGCUUUUUAUGAAGCACAGCUUCUUAUCUGAUGUGUUUGCGUCACACUCAGAUCUUGCGUUACAGAGACUCUCCAGGAGGGGGCGACAGAACUCUGAUUUUCCACAUUCACCUGUGAUGGGAAGGAAACCUGUUGCUGAUGAUGUUGCGCUGCAGCUGGAUAACCAGCUGAAGUUUUCUGGGAGUCAUUGACGUCUCUGGCACAUAAGGAAGGAAAUUACUGUGCAGAUACUUUGUUGUCGAAGAUUGUUGUAAAAUAUUAAUGCAUGGCCAUGAUGUUUAGCACCCUGACAGCUUGUGGGACAUUUGAUCAAACCCCAAAUAUUAUUUUUUUCAAUUUUUUUCCCCAGUUAACUGUCUUUCAUUACACAUAAAAGACUUCAGACCUACAGAAAUAUCAUUAAGUCAACUAUUGUAAAGCUUACGUGUGUUGUAUUGGUUUUGCAUAUUGUUUUUUCGUUUCUUCAGUUACAGUUUGCAUUCCUGUGUAUACUGCCUUGAUUGCUGAGUAAAAUUUGAAGGAACCGUUUGCAGUAUUUUGGAUCGGUCAGUGUUGCCAUGGCAAAGAAUCGCCCUCAGCUGAUGCACUUCAACUUAUAGGACUUCAGCUGCGAAGGAAGGCGGGAUGGAUUGCUGCUUACAGUAUUUUGGACAACAGUAGAAGUUUCAUGCUGCUGACUUAAAUGUGUGUGUGAGUGUGUCUAUAUAUUUGUGAAUCAAAAUUAACUCUGAAUUUAAGAACAAUUAUACUUAAUAAUGUCAUUUGAACCAAUUAUAUAUGCAAUAACUUUUCAUUGGUCACAGCUUUUAUUUUCUCUCAGAUAUAUAUGUUCUGGAUGUGUUUUUUUGUUUGUUUUUGCUGUAUGGAUUUUUAAAGUUACUACAAAAGCUGUCUUUGACAUGAUACUGCCAGCAGCUCUCUCAGAUGGAAACAUUCAUUGGUGCUUAAUUACUUACAUUGCAAUUUAAACGCACACAUCUGCAGUCUUUUAAAAGCCUAUUUCUACUGCUUGUUCUGCCUUGUACUUAUACACUAUUAAAUAUAUGAACAUAUUUGGAAACCGAGGGAGGAUGGAUACAGUAAACACAGAUGCAUUGGGGAACCUUUAAGUAAAUUGAUGUGUCCUUUUAUGUUUUACCUUCCUACAUGCAGUAUUUUCUUUUAAUUAAAAAAUGUUUUCUCCUU